UUUCAAUUUCGCAUUUUAUUUCCUCCAAUCUUUGAAUUUAGUUCCAAUUUAUCGUCAUUUAUUUGCUGAAUUAACUUGUAAAAUAAUUGUUAGAACCUAGGGUUUUUUUUUUAUGUAGGGUUGUUUUUAAUUUUAGUUGGAGAAUAUAUUGUGGUUUGAUUGUUUGUUAGGUUUUGAUAUUCAUAGGGUUUUUAAUUAGCUAAGAAUUUGAAACUAUUGAGCUUCGUUAAGCUAAGAUUAGUUCAUCAGGUAGCAGUUAGUUGCUACUUUUGCUAACUCUUUUGCUAACUGUUUUUUGCUCAGUACUGAAGCAAAGAGAAGUGUGAAUGGAAAAUAUUCUUAUUGCUAGCUUUUUACUUCAGCAUGAGUUGUCAGAUAAUGCCAUAGCUAGUUGCAUUGAAAAUGAAGAGGAUGUUUUGUCUUUUGGGGAUGAAGAUAUGGUUUCGGUUGAUCAGGAAAAUGAAGAAUUUCAGGACUGUGAGGUUCGUGCUGAGGGACAUGAAGGAACCCCUCAUGAAGCUCUUAUUUUGGCGCUUGGCUAUUUGGGUGUGCGGGAUAUUUUUGUUAUUGAGAAUGUUUGCACAUCUCUGCGAUCUGUAGUUCAGAAUGAUCCUCUUUUAUGGAGGGAUAUUCACAUAAAUCCGCCACUGAAUGAGAAGAUUACGGAUGAUGUUCUUUUACAAAUAACUGGUAGAGGCCAAGGAAGCUUGCAAUGCUUGAGCCUGGUUGAUUGCCAAAGGAUUACUGAUGAAGGUCUUAAGCAUGUCGUUGAAAAUAAUCCAAAGCUAAUCAAGCCAUGCUUCCAAUAAUGUGUUAGAUGGGCUGAACAUUUUUGAUGGAACUGAUGCUCAUUACUUCCACACGGGGUCAAGGGGUCACCACUCGGUGUGGGAUUCUCGCCUUUUUAAUUAUGGAAGCUGGGAAGUAUGUACUUCUACCUAAACAUUUCUUAAUGAAUAGCUUGUUUAAAAUUUUGGCUUCCUCCCUUCCAGUUGUAAAUAUUAUUUCUUAGUUGUUGCUUUAGGUAUUGAGGUAUCUUCUUUCAUAUGCAAGAUGGUGGCUGGAGGAGUAUAAGUUUGAUAGGUACAGAUUUGAUGGUGUGACUUCAAUGAUGUACAAGAUUUCCUUGAUUAAGUAAAUGUAUUAUUUAUUUGAGUAAGAAAAUGCAUUUUAUGUUUUAUUACCUUGCAUAUGUAUUAUUUAUUUUAGUUUUGAUUCUAAAUUUUUAUUUUUACUUAAGAGUUCUAACUUUUGGAUUUUAA